AUGUGCUUCUUCAACCUCGUCCCAUUCAUUCAUUCAUUCACUUUCAAUGCAACAGUAUCUUUAGAUGGUUCUAUGAAUCAUUUUAAGACUAUCGCUGCUGCAAUUGCAGCAGCACCAGAUAACUCAAAUACACGAUUUUAUAUUCGUGUAACUCCCGGCACUUACCAUGAGCGUCUUCAAAUUCCACCAACCAAGACCUUCAUUGCUUUGAUUGGCGAUAAUGCACUCACCACCAUAAUUGUCGACGACAGAAGUAACGCUCGUGGAUUCAAGACGAGCGACUCUGCAACCCUUACGGUUAACGGUAAUAAUUUUCUUGCAAAAUCAUUGACUUUUGAGAACUCCGCCGGUCCUCAAAAUGGCCAAGCGGUGGCAGUUCUUGACCAAGCUCACUUCACUGCCUACCACAAGUGCAAGUUCCUAGGUUUUCAAGACACUUUGUACGUUAAAGGCACUCAAUUCUUCAAAGAGUGUGAAAUUUAUGGCAGUGUCGAUUUUAUUUUUGGAAAUGGCUUAGUUAUGUUUCAAGACUGCAACAUCUAUGCCCGAGAACCAAACAGACCCAUCACGGUCACUGCUCAAUCCAAAGAACAACCAAAAGAGGUGAGUGGCUUCUCCUUUCAGAACUGUACUGUCACAGUUUCGUCGGAGAUAGCAGUCAACAAAGCCAACGUUAAGAUUUAUCUCGGCCGGCCAUGGAGGCAAUACUCUAAGGUUGUGUUCAUGGAGUCAUUUCUUGAUGACGAGGUGGUGCCUGAAGGAUGGUCAGAGUGGCCAGGGGUACCGGUAAAUAAUUUGUUUUAUGCAGAAUUCAAUAAUCGUGGUCCUGGAGCAGAUGUCUCAAAGAGGGUUCAUUGGACUGGUUUUCGUGUAUUAGAUAAGCAGUCGGCCUAUCAAUUUACCGUAGAUAACUUUGUAAAUGGAUCUAAAUGGUUGCCUGAAACAGUAUCUUUAGAUGGUUCUAUGAAUGAUUUUAAGACAAUCGCUGCUGCAAUUGCAGCAGCACCAGAUAACUCAAAUACACGAUUUUAUAUUCGUGUAACUCCCGGCACUUACCAUGAGCGUCUUCAAAUUCCACCAACCAAGACCUUCAUUGCUUUGAUUGGCGAUAAUGCACUCACCACCAUAAUUGUCGACGACAGAAGUAACGCUCGUGGAUUCAAGACGAGCGACUCUGCAACCCUUACUGUUAACGGUGAUAAUUUCAUUGCAAAAUCAUUGACUUUUGAGAACUCCGCCGGUCCUCAAAAUGGUCAAGCCGUGGCAGUUCUUGACCAAGCUCGCUUCACUGCGUAUCACAAGUGCAGGUUCCUAGGUUUUCAAGACACUUUGUACGUCGGAGGCAAGUCUCAUUUCUUUAAAGAAUGUGAUGUCUAUGGUACUGUAGACUUUAUCUUUGGAAAUGGCUUAACUAUGUUUCAAGAUUGUAACAUCUAUGCCCGAGAACCAAACAGACCCAUCACGGUCACUGCUCAAUCCAAAGAACAAUUACAUGAAGAAAGUGGCUUCUCAUUUCAAAAUUGUACCGUCACUGUUUCGUCAGAGAUAGUAGCUAGCAAAGCCAACGUCAAAAUCUAUCUUGACCGACCGUGGAGACAAUAUUCACGGGUUGUGUUCAUGGAGUCAUUUCUUGACGAGGAAGUGUUGCCCGAAGGAUGGUCAGAGUGGCCAGGGGUACCAACGAACAAUUUGUUUUAUGGAGAGUUUAAUAACCGUGGUCCUGGAGCAGAUGUCUCUAAAAGGGUUCAUUGGAUUGGGUUUCAUUUGUUAAAUAAGCAGUUAGCCAAUCAAUUUACUAUAGACAACUUUGUUAAUGGAUCUUACUGGUUGCCUGAAACUGGUAUUCCAUUUAGACGUGGAUUUUUUUCUUAA